CGAGACUUCUCUCUGGCGACAUAAGGCUACUGUAGCCCGUCACCAUUGCCAUCACUGUAAGAGCUUUGUUUUUGUGGUUUCUCUUCUCUUUGAGCUCGGAUUCUUGUUCCCCAUUUCUGGGCGAAUCCACCCAUAGGAGAAAUCGUUGUUUACUGCUCCCUCCUGUGAGCGGUGGACGUUGACUUUGUUUGGUACUGUUCACCUUCUUCCCCGAUGAACCUCUACUCUCUUCCUUGAAGUUCUUGCACUAUGGGUUCCAGCAAAGCCCAGAGUACGAAGAAGGUCAAAAAAAGAAAGGGAAAGGAGAUGACUCGUCGAAGCUACUGAGCAUAGAUACGGACGUUGCUGUUGACUUGGAGGAGAAGGAGAAGGACCAGGCUUCUUCCUUCACUUUUGAGACAUCACCUCACUGUGAGGAGAUUGAGGAUACUGCUGCUCCAUUGGAGACGAAUACUCCAGUGACCCCCCAUGUGCUCGACCUUAUGCCUCAGCCAGAGAAAGCAACUGCAAAGCCUGUCACCUUUGCUGACCUUUUUAAGGGCAACAGAGACCCUGACCAAGGUAUGAUGUUGAAGCAAUAUGAUGUUGGUGAAGGCAUCUUGUGGGCUGCUUUACUGGUUGUUUCCCUGGCCUUAAAGCUGUCGAUGCCAUUGUUAAACGCUGGAAUAUUCCCUGUAGAAUCAUACCCCAUUGUAAGGGUUGGGUGGUGCUGAAAUUUGAAAAUGACAAGGACAGGUAUGAAGUGCUGGGAAUGGAGAGGAGCAAGGCUUAUGGCAAAGAGUUUAGGCUUAAAAUACCCUCUCAUGGCUUCAUGUUUGACUUUGCUGAAUUCACCACCUUGCCAGUAUGGAUUCAGUUACACAAUGUUCCUUUGCAAUUAUGGUCAGAGGAGGGUAUUGGGAUGCUGGCUUCCAAAGUGGGUAAACCUCUUCGUACUGACCUGGUAACCAAACAACUUGGCAAAAGUGGUUUCUGCAGGGUUCUUGUUGAGGUGGAUUUCUCUAAAGAACCAGUUACUAGCUUUGAGGUGGAAUGUAUGGGGAAAAACUAUGUCCAAAUAGUGGAAUUUGAGGAGGAGCCCAAAUAUUGCUUCCACUGCCUGACAUGGAACCAUAGCCCAUUCAACUGCAGAGCUUUGGAACAAAAGAAGAAGAAAGAAUUGAGUAACUUGGUGGACAUCAAGGCUUCUCAAAUGCAAUCUAAAGGUGAUCCUAAUGCCAAGAACAAAGGUAGUGGGGGGUACACUGAACCUAAAGGGGGUAAUAUCCCUUCAUCUUCACACACUUCCAAGGAGAUGGAAAUACCCUUUACUGCUGGGAUUGGUGUUUUGACUAAGGUACCUAAACCUACGGAAGUUUUGACUAACGUCCCUGCGAAACCUGGGGAAGCUUUGGCAGGAUUAGAGAAGAAAAAGAAGAAAGGACAGGAUGGUGCUCCUGCGGAGAAAAAAUAGGAUUUUAAGAAGGGAGGUAAGGGGCCUGGCCCCCCUCACAGAUGAAGGUUCUGUGCUGGAACAUUAGAGGACUAAACAGGUCCUCUAAGC